GCCAGCCAGGUCGAGCCGAGCCGAGUCGCAGGCCAGUCCUAGAGUGCCUGAGCUUCGCAUAGCUUCGCAUGGCUGGCUAGUCCACGCGCCACGCCGCGCUACGCCGUCUCGAGCGUCUCGAGCCAGCUCAGCUCGCACGACCCAGAGCUCGCCGACGUCGUCGACCCGGGUCCAGGACGCCGCCGGCGAGUGCGUGAAUGAGUGCGCCGGCCUGAGGGCACCUGAAGGCCUGCCCACCGCAGGGCACGAGGACCGCACCCAGUUUGUUUGUGUUGUGCUCCGGCUUCGGCGCGGCGUCGGCAUCGCGGAGCAGUGCGCGGACUUGGUCCCCUGGACUUCCCUAUAAAGCGGUGGAGAGCUAGCGCGUGGCCAUGACGCACGCGCCCGCUGCCCGGAAGAAGCCCGGCGCCGAGGAUGACGAGUCCGAGACCGACAGCACCGCGGUGCCUCCUCCGGACGGCGGCUGGGGCUGGUUCGUGGUGUGGGCCUCCUUCAUGAUCCACAUCGUCACCGAUGGAGUGACCUACUCGUUCGGCCAGCUGCUGCCCCCGCUGGCCAACUACUUCGACGUCGGGCUGGGGGCCACCUCCCUCAUCAUGUCCAUCUUGGUCGGCGUCACCCUUUGCUCCGGGCCCAUCGCCUCCGCCUUCGUCAACAAGUGGGGCUGCCGCACCGUCACCAUCGCCGGCGCCCUCCUGUCUGGCGUGUGCCUGGCGGUCAGCUUCUUCGCCACCAACGUGGCCACGCUGUGCGUCACGAUCGGCCUGGGCGCUGGUUUCGGCUUCGGUCUCAUCUACCUGCCGGCCAUCGUGUCGGUGACGUGCUACUUCGAGAAGUACCGGUCGCUGGCCACGGGCAUCGCGGUGGCGGGCUCGGGGCUGGGCACGUUCAUCUUCGCGCCCUUCAUCGGCUACCUGCUGCGCGAGUACGGCGGGUGGCGCGGCGCCAUGCUCAUCCUGGCGGGGCUGGUCUUCAACACGGCCAUCAUGGGCGCGCUGUUCCGGCCGCUGGAGAAGCCGCGCAAGCGGCGCGACACCGAGCUCCAGGAACUGCACAAGGACAAGGCGGAGCUCAAGAUGCUGCUCAACGGGGACGUCGCCAAGGAGAACCAGUCCUCCAACCAGCUGAUGCCGCCGGCGCAGACGGUGAUGCGGUCCGCGCACAACAUCUCUACGGCCGGGCAGGACCAGAGCGGCGACCACAACACGGUGCCCAGGAACAUGAAGGUGCUCAGCCUCAACCUCAGCGCCACGCCCCACCAGAUCCUCACCGCGGGGCAGAACCACCACAACCAUCAUAACCACAACCACAACCACCACCACAACCAUUCGUGGCGCCACAAGAGCGACAUCGCCCGCCUCGCACUGUCGCAGCCCACGCUGCAGACCACGACGGGCUCCGUGCAACACCUGGCCGGCUCCGGCGUCAUGUACCGCAAGGACGUCUUCUACCGCGGCUCCCUCGUCAACAUCCCGCACUACAGCCCCCGUAGCGAGCGCGGCGGUAGCCCUACAGCCUCCGAAGCGUCCACACUGCGAAUAUCGUCGCUGGCAGUCAAGUCGCCGUUGUCGUCGCGGUCCCGGUCCCGGCCGCUGAGCGCGCCGCAGUCGCCGGAGUGGCGGUACUCGCUGGGCUCGCGGCCCCGCAGCCUGCACGCCCUGCACAGCCUGCGCGGCCUGCACGGCUCGGCCAACAUGGCCUUUGCCGACGUUGGCUACCUCAAGGAUGGCGCUGAGGUUGAGGGCGAGGAGGAGGCCGUCGCCGCCGCCGCCGUCAGGGCGGUCGAGACGUCCGCCAGCAAACUAUCUCGGCACACCAGCGCUGAGGGGCUGGGCCUGUCCAAGUGCCCCUCCGAGAUGGAGAGCCCGGACUCCGAGGCCCAGCUCACCGUGUGCGGGUGCAUUCCCUGCUCGCCCGAGACCAAGGACACCCUGACCGAGAUGUUGGACAUGUCGCUGUUCAAGGAUGUCAUCUUUAUCCUUUUCACAGUCAGCAACUUCCUUACGUCCAUUGGUUUCUACAUGCCCUAUGCUUAUUUAGGGGCCUACGCUGAAGAGACUCUCAAACUUUCCUCCUGGGAAGCAAGUCAGCUGGUGGCCAUUAUAGGUAUUGCAAACACAAUAGGCCGCUUGGUUCUUGGCUACAUCUCUGACAAGCCAUGGGUGAACAGGCUGCUCAUUUACAAUCUCGCACUCACCAUUGCAGGCGUGGCCACGUGUCUUGUGGUAGUCUGUGAGGACUUUUGGACACUCGCUGUAUAUGCAGCAGUAUUUGGAUUCACCAUUGGUGCCUAUGUGGGCCUUACAUCUGUAAUCUUAGUCGACCUGCUUGGUCUUGACAGACUGACUAACGCUUUUGGUCUUCUGUUGCUGUUCCAAGGACUCGCUUCCUUCGCUGGCCCACCAAUUGGAGGAAAACUAAAGGACGACACUAAUUCUUAUAAGCCCAGUUUUUGGGUGGCUGGAGUAGCAAUGGCACUGAGUGGGUUGAUGCUCUUCGUUGUGCCGCCAAUCCAGAGGAUGCAGGCAGAAAAGAGGAGAAAGGCUCAAAUUGUUUCAUCACCAACCAAUGGAAAUAGCAGGCCUCAAGCAGUUUGAAGAACCUGGGCCACUGUGUAUAAACUUUUUAUAUAAAUUCGUCUCUUGAUUCUGUGCUGCUUUGUUUCCGAACAGACUUCCACUUUUCAAGAAUCAAUUUGUUUUUGUGGCUCUGUGACCAAACAGUUGAUUUGUUACUAUUCUGUUACCUACUGGUUCUAUCCAAUAUUAUGGAUGUUAAGGAUGUAUUGUCAACAGUAAAUUUUAAAUACUGACCAGACUUAGUCACAGGACCAACUUUGUGUUUCAAAAUUCAGUGACCGUGCACAAAGCGCGUUUUAAUUGUAUGUACCUUGCUGAACCAUCCCUCUGCAUAAAAGUGCGCCUCAAAGCACGGUGUGCUAUGUUCCUACCUCGAUCAUGGUAGACUAUUGUGAUCCUUAGGUUUAUCAGGGUAAACAUUUCUACCGCUUGCUGUAAGAAUUAGGAGUAGUGUUAAUGCCAUUCUGUGGGUGCUCUCAAUAGAUUUUAAGUCAAAUUGUGUGAGUACCUUCAGUUAAAACGGAAGGUACUUUGAGCAGACACUCAUAACUGUUUGAUUGAAAGGGAUAUCUAGUCAUCCAUUCACAACCAGCCGACUUACAGAUGCAUUUUAAUUUAUUUUAACUGUUUUUAUCUUCCUGGACUGUAGCUUAUAUUUGAGUAAUGUGAUCAUUUGCAGCAUUUUUUUCUAUAGGAUGCAUUUUGCGGUAUAUUGUGGAUUGAUGAUUGACUGUAAUUAAUGCUGAGGAAUCUUCUCUCUGUGAUACAUAUGUACUACAUUCUUCUAUACUCUUUUGAUAUCUUUUUCUUAAUAAAUGUGUGUUUCACCUGUCUCAUAAAUUUA